UGACGUCAUCCAGAGAGUUUCUCAGGCCAAUCAGUUUCAGCACUAGAGACCGCCGACCCCUAAUGAGCGGCGGUCUUGCUGGAAGGUUGGUUUUGGGCGGAAGCGGCUUUGAAGCCCAAGAGGAGCGAGAUGGGCGUGAAGCUGGAGGUGUUUCGGAUGACCAUCUACCUCACCUUCCCUGUGGCUAUGUUCUGGAUUGCCAAUCAGGCCGAGUGGUUUGAGGACUAUGUCAUACAGCGCAAGAGGGAGCUGUGGCCCCCUGAGAAGGAGGAUCAGCGCCAAGAGCUAGAAGAAUUCAAGGAGAGGAUACGGAAGCAGCGGGAGGAAAGGCUUCUCCGUGCAGCCCAGCAGAGCCCCUGAGGCCUUGCAAGUGCCUGAGUCCCAGCCCCUCCACCCAUGAAAUAACACACACGUAAUUCUU